CGGCAGCUGAGAGACGGAGCCGAGACUCAGCGCCGGCAACUAACGCCGGGCAGCGGGCGCGAGAGAGCGAGUCGCUCCGCAGCCCCGGCCGCCCCUGCCCUGCCCUGCCCUGCCCUGCCCAGCCCGGAGCGUCCCGGGGAGCCGGGCGGGGGACACGGCUCGGGGGCGGGGAUCGCGCGGCAGCGCUCGGCUGGCGGAGCAGGCUCCUCUUCAUUGUUCCCAGUCUCUGUAAACAGGGAAGUGAGAAGGCAUACUUUUGGAACCCUUAUAACCAAAGGGGACUUUGAGGAGUGGUGGCCCAGGUAUCUUUCAUCCUGACUAGUAAGCUGAGUCUUCAGUUCACUUGCAACCAAAGAUUAUACAUGUGAAGAAAGAGCACAAAUGAAGACAUCAAAAAAAGGAGGCUGCACUGGAAAACCUACAGUAGAGAGUAACUUGAAGGAACAGGUACAAGGAAUACACCUGGAUUGAUAUCAAAUUGAACUGAGGGAAAUUCUAAAUUCUAAACUUGAGGGAAAUAUGAAGACUUGUUUUUCUGAUUUUUUUAACAAAAAAGACACUCUGAUAUGAUUAUGCUCUGAUACAGACUGUAGUUGUCUUACUUUGCAAUUCUCUGUUCCAUAUGUGAUAACAGCAGUACCAGUCUUGGAGGUAAGACUAGGUACUCCCUUGCCCUUGAGUGGACAUGAGCGAUCAAAGGUCUUCACAAGAAGAUAAGCACAAACCCAGCCGAACGUCCUCAAAGUUCAAGGAGUCUUCAAGAAGUAUGCAGUCCGAUGACUACUUUGCUAGAAAAUUUAAAGCUUUAAAUGGUAACCUGGGUCCUCCUGUUUCUUUAAGUACAUCUAGCAAAAAUGAAAGUAAUCAAACUAAUGGUACACCAGCUAUGCCUAAAAUGGGUGUCCGAGCGAGGGUAUCUGAAUGGCCUCCUAAAAAGGAUUGCUCUAAGGAACUAAGUAAAGCAGUAUGGGAGAGUAGAUCUCAAACCAGUUAUGAGAGUGUUGGAUCAGUAAUUCCAAAUGGACAAAAUGACCAAAGUGAUGGGCAACAAGAACAGCAGUUGGAUUUGGAGUUUGCAGAGACCAAAUAUACAAUAGAAGAUCUCUUUGUCCAGAGGGGACUUCAUCCCAUAAGACAAAGAAGCAACAGUGAUGUCACCAUUAGUGACAUUGAUGCUGAAGAUGUGUUGGACCAGAAUGCUGUUAACCCAAAUACGGGAGCAGCUCUUCAUAGAGAAUAUGGAAGUACUUCUUCAAUUGACAGGCAAGGUUUAUCUGGUGAGAAUUUUUUUGCAAUGCUCAGAGGAUAUCGAGUGGAAAAUUUUGAACAAAAAACUCUUGCUCCAUUUGGAUUUCCUGAGUUUUUCCGCUGUGACCCUACAAUUUCUCCAAGUCUUCAUGCUGCCACACAGAUUUCCAGAGGAGAAUUUGUCAGGAUUUCUGGAUUGGAUUAUAUGGAUAGUGCCCUGCUUAUUGGUAGAGACAGGGACAAAUCUUUCAAAUGGAGACUAAAAUCAGAAGCAGUAGAAACAUCUCUGUUUAGAAAAUUGCGAACUGUUAAAAGUGAGCAUGAAACUUUCAAAUUUUCCUCAGAACUGGAUGAUUGUAGAUUUGAGAGAAACAUUCAUCCUUGGAACUGUCAAAAAUGUUUUGCACAUUAUGAUGUUCAGAGCAUUUUAUUUAACAUAAAUGAAGCAAUGGCUACCAGGGUUAAUGUGGGAAAAAGAAAAAAUAUAACCACCGGGGCUUCAGCUGCAUCACAAACUCAAAUGACAACAGGUCAGACAGGAAACUGUGAAUCUCCUUUGGGAAGUAAAGAGGACCUCAAUUCAAAAGAAAACCUAGAUGCUGAUGAGGGUGAUGGGAAAAGCAAUGACCUAAUACUGAGUUGCCCUUACUUCAGGAAUGAAACUGGUGGAGAAGGAGACAGGAGGAUUGCACUUUCCAGGGCAAACUCUGCAUCUUUUGCUUCAGGUGAAAGUUGUUCCUUUGAAUCCUCUCUAAGUUCCCACUGCACGAAUGCUGGUGUUUCUGUACUGGAGGUGCCGAGAGAGAAUCAAUCAAUUCACCGGGAGAAAGUUAAGCGUUAUAUUAUAGAACACAUUGAUCUUGGAGCAUAUUAUUACCGAAAGUUCUUCUAUGGAAAAGAGCAUCAGAACUACUUUGGAAUUGAUGAAAAUCUAGGUCCUGUUGCAUUCAGCAUCCGGAGAGAGAAGGUUGAAGAUGCUAAGGAGAGAGAAGGAUCUCAAUUCAACUAUCGUAUAGCUUUCAGGACAAGUGAGCUUACGACGUUGAGAGGAGCAAUAUUAGAAGAUGCCAUACCAUCUACUGCUAGACAUGGCACAGCACGAGGCCUGCCUCUCAAAGAGGUACUGGAAUAUGUAAUACCAGAGCUGAGCAUUCAGUGCCUGAGGCAGGCUUCCAGCUCACCCAAAGUCUCUGAACAGCUGCUUAAACUGGAUGAACAAGGGCUGAGUUUUCAGCACAAAAUUGGGGUCCUUUAUUGCAAAGCGGGUCAAAGCACAGAGGAAGAGAUGUAUAACAAUGAGACAGCAGGGCCUGCUUUUGAAGAGUUCCUCGAUCUUCUGGGCCAGAGAGUACGGCUAAAAGGGUUUAGUAAAUACAGAGCUCAGCUAGAUAAUAAAACUGAUUCAACAGGAACUCAUUCCCUUUAUACCACCUAUAAAGAUUAUGAAUUAAUGUUUCAUGUAUCAACUAUGCUGCCAUACAUGCCCAGUAAUAGGCAACAGGACUUAACUACGCCCUGCUUGGUCACUGAUCAGGACAUCCCUCUAGUUUUAGAGCCAGCAGGAGAUCCAAAAAGCAAGCUUCUAAGGAAAAGGCACAUAGGAAAUGAUAUUGUUACCAUUGUCUUCCAAGAGCCUGGAGCACUUCCUUUUACUCCAAAAAAUAUCCGAUCUCACUUUCAACAUGUGUUUGUCAUCGUCAAAGUGCAUAAUCCUUGCACUGAAAAUGUAUGCUAUAGUGUUGGAGUUUCAAGAUCAAAAGAUGUACCCCCAUUUGGUCCACCAAUCCCCAAAGGAGUAACUUUCCCCAAAUCAGCAGUCUUUAGGGACUUCCUUUUAGCCAAAGUUAUUAAUGCUGAAAAUGCAGCGCACAAGUCAGAAAAAUUCCGAGCCAUGGCCACCAGGACACGACAAGAAUACUUGAAAGAUCUGGCAGAAAAUUUUGUUACUACAGCUACAGUGGAUACUUCAGUGAAGUUCAGUUUUAUUACUCUAGGUGCAAAGAAAAAGGAGAAAGUGAAACCAAGAAAGGAUGCUCAUUUAUUUAGUGUUGGAGCAAUUAUGUGGAAUGUGAUAGCACGGGACUUUGGCCAGUCUGCAGACAUUGAAUGUCUCCUUGGAAUUUCCAAUGAAUUUAUUAUGUUGAUUGAAAAGGAGUCCAAAAAUGUUGUGUUUAACUGUUCCUGCAGAGAUGUUAUUGGAUGGACAUCGGGAUUAAUGAGUAUCAAAAUCUUUUAUGAAAGAGGAGAAUGUAUUCUUCUGUCUGCAUUUGAUAAUUGUUCUGAUGACAUCAGAGAAGUUGUUCAAAGACUAGAAAUAGUCACCAGAGGAUGCGAAACAACGGAAAUGACCCUGCGGAGGAAUGGGUUGGGCCAGCUUGGAUUCCACGUUAACUUCGAAGGAAUAGUAGCAGAUGUGGAGCCAUUUGGUUUUGCAUGGAAGGCAGGCCUAAGGCAAGGGAGCCGUCUAGUUGAGAUCUGUAAAGUGGCUGUGGCAACCUUGACUCAUGAACAAAUGAUUGACCUUUUACGCACAUCGGUGACAGUAAAGGUGGUGAUUAUUCAACCACAUGAGGAUGGAUCACCUAGAAGGGGUUGUUCAGAACUAUGCCGAAUCCCCAUGGUGGAAUAUAAACUCGACAGCGAAGGCACCCCAUGUGAGUAUAAAACCCCUUUCAGAAGGAAUACUACUUGGCAUCGGGUGCCGACUCCUGCUGGGCAGCCUCUUUCUCGUGCAUCUCCAAUCCUAGGAACAUCUGACAGACUGCAAUGCCAGCAGCUUUUCCAGCAGGCUCAGACAGCCAUUCCUCGCAGCACUUCCUUUGAUAGAAAGCUGCCAGAUGGUGCAAGUCAACAUUACAGAAGUUCACCGAGCAACCAGUCCUCCUCCAGUGACCCAGGACCCAGCGGGAGUAGCCAGUGGAGACAGCAAGUGGGAUAUGACGGGUGCCAAUCCCCUUUACUUCAUGAACACCAAGGUUCAAGUCCACUGGAGUGUGAAGGAGGCAGAGAAGGAGAGGAAACUUUGGAAGGAACCAGAUAUGCUGAAACAAAGUGGCAUGCACCAUCCACCAAAGUCUUGAGUUCCUACAAAGACCGGGCUUUACCAAAAGAAGGCAAUGGCAAGGAUUCGCCAAGCAAACUUUCUCAUAUUGGAGACAAAAACUAUUCCAGUCACUCCAGCAGCAAUACCCUGUCCAGUAAUACAUCGAGCAAUAGUGAUGAAAAGCACUUUGGCUCUGGAGACCUGAUGGACCCUGAAUUGCUUGGAUUAACAUAUAUUAAAGGGGCUUCUACUGACAGUGGAAUUGAUACAGCUCCUUUUAUGCCUGCUCCUCUUAUGGCUCCUUUACACCUUGCUGGCAGCAGGUCUGGGGUGCACAGUGGGGCUGAGGAGUGGACUGAAUCUUCUGAAACUCCUGGGCAAGAUGAUGAACAAGCUAAAAUGUAUGCUGUACAUAGCUAUACUUCUGCCAUUUCUAGCAGUCAUACAGCUGAAGGUAGCAUGGGAGACCUCAGUGAAAUAUCCUCUCAUUCUAGUGGGUCUCACCAUUCAGGAAGCCCUUCAGCACAUUGUUCUAAAAACGGUGGUUCUCUAGAUACCUCCAAAGUCUACAUAGUGUCACAGAAUAGUGGUCAACAGAUCGCUGGGUCUGAAUCAAAAUCACACCACAGACAAGCAGCAGUAAGCAAAUAUAUCAUUGGUUGGAAAAAGUCAGAAGGCAACCCAAUGCCUGAAGAAUCUGAAGUUUCUCAAUGCCAAGAACUGUAUGGUGAGGAUGAUGCUAUGUCUGCAUCAAGUCAGCUUCAAACUUCUGUGAGGAGUGCAGUUACUGAAAGCCAGCAAGUCUUGCCCAAAGAAGAUUUUCUGAAGCUGAUGCUGCCAGAUAGCCUCACUCUGGAGGAGGGUAGAAGAAAAUUUUCAUUUUAUGGGAACCUAUCUCCAAGGAGGACGCUUUAUCGCACCCUUUCUGAUGAGAGCAUAUGUAGUAAUCGGAGAGGAUCUUCAUAUGCUAGCUCACGGAGUUCAAUGCUUGAUCAAGCCUUGCCAAACGAUAUUUUGUUCAGCACCACCCCAUCAUAUCACAGCACUCUGCCUGCCAGAAUGAGUCUGGCUCUUGGAAUGGGAAAUCUAAGAAAUGAAUUCUGGUUCUCAGAUGGCUCUUUGUCUGAUAGAGCCAAAUUCAACGAUCCCGGCUUGAUGCCCCUUCCGGACACUGCCGCAGGACUAGACUGGUCCAACCUGGUGGAUGCUGCACGAGCUUUUGAAGGUUUUGACUCUGAUGAAGAUCUUGGGCCAGUCUGUCAUCAUACAUCGUUUCUAGAUCAGAGAGUGGCAUCUUUUUGCACCCUGAAUGAUAUGCAGCAAGCUCCAGGUUUGGAAGGUGCUCAAGAGUUACCUUUGAAUGAAGGGCCAACAAAUGGAAAAGAUUUCAUUGAUGCUACUGGGGAGCACACACCAUCUACUCUGACUGGAAAAGUAAAUCAGCUGGAAGUGAUCCUCCGGCAACUACAAACUGACCUCCGGAAGGAAAAACAAGACAAAGCCGUUCUCCAAGCUGAGGUCCAGCAUUUGAGACAAGAUAACAUGAGACUUCAGGAGGAGUCUCAAACAGCAGCCGCUCAACUAAGAAAAUUCACAGAAUGGUUUUUCAAUACCAUAGACAAGAAAUCCUAAUGUCUAGGCCCCUGGAAAGCACUAUUUGAACUGCGUAACAGCUGUAUUUUUGAAUUAACGAAAUAUAAUUUCAUUGUGUUCACAAUCCAUUUUAGAUGUUUCUGCUGUAUUCUCUGUCCAGCUCUAUUCAUUUGAACAAGACUGAGGGCCAUGUGGAUCUAUCUUUGUAUUCAUUUGAAGAAAGCAGAGAAUAGCAGACAUUUGUUUGUGUGAAGAUGAAUGUAAAAUUCUUGGUGUCAUUUUAGACAUUUUUAGAAGAUGCUUUGGGUUGGGGUUGCCUGAAGAGGAACGUUUUGGGUUUUAUUUCCUGUAUUUCAGGUCCUCUGGUGAAGAUGUUUAAAUCAAUUUACAGUAGCUUGGGCUUCAGUAUUGUAAGAUAAAAAGAAUAAUCAGACAUAUACCUUAAUGUUUAAAAGGUGCUCUAUUUUUUGUAUGUACAGUAGUUUAUUUCCACAGUCACACGGUCAUAGCAAUAAGAAAGGAGGUAUAGUGAAUAGUCACAAAGCUGUGUUUAUAAAACGUUAGCACUGAUGUGUUUAACACUAGUUUGGAUGCAGAUACAUUAGAGAUUAUUUAUUUGCAGGAACAAAUGGUGCCUGAAUAUAAACAGUGUUCUGAUUUUCUAAAGAUACACAUGCCUUGUAAAUGGCUCACUGGGUUAGCCCACUCCAACUUCAGAUAAUUUUGUAUAGUUGAUGUUCAGCUAAAACAGUUAUACUGCUUAACUAUUAAAAUCAUGUAUGGUGUGAGCCAGCCAAUCACUUGUACAAUGCCAAAUUUGUUUCUUUGUACAGAAGCUUUGAUCAAGUGUCUUGUAUUUAACACCUUUAUUUAAGCUUAUUUAACCUUCAGUUGUUAAUUUUAUAAAGUUUUUGUUUUAUCUGCACUAUGGUGAAGACAGUUGGUUGCGAGCUGUAAUAUUUUUAGCUUGCUGAGACUGUACUGAGGCAUACUAGAAAAUUCUAAUGAUUGGAUGCUGCUAGUACACUAUUUGUAUGCUUUAACAUUUUUAACUGUUUCAUUUGAGAUGAACAUACAUUUUGCUUUUUUAAUAAACGUUAAAAAUAUAAACUUCAAAAAAUAUUUGUUUUUCAUCAUACAACAUACAUCCAAUUCCACUGUCCAUAGUUUAGGUUUCUGUUCAGUCCACUUUGAAUGUCGUGCAUAAAUGUGUUCAUCUGUGAUCUUACUUUGUUCUGAUCCUGAGAAAAUCUAAGCAGGCGUAGCUCCCAUUCAUUUCUCAGGAUCAGCCCACAAAGUUGAUGCCAUCUUUGGUGUGAUCUGAUCUAUACCUGACAGGGUAGCUAUUCUGAUCAGGGAGCAAAAACUAUCCAGCUACUUAUGUGUAUUGACCUAAAAGAACUAUCACUACACCACGGAGAAAUAUAGAAAAAUCACUCAACAGGCAUCAAGUAUUUAAAAAAUGUAUCUUAAUGCCAGAUACUCUGCCAUCUUUAGUGUGUGCAGUCAAAGAUUUGAUUGUUAGCAUCUGCAAGAUAUGAAAGCAUGCUGCUGAUAGCUUAGGCUAUUUUAUGUUCAUCUUCUUUUGCUGCAAUUCCACAUAUAGUACUAUCCUUAAAAUCUAUUGGAAAGGUGCAAUUAUAGGAAUGAAUUGAAGCUAACGAGCCCCUUUGAUGUUAGUCUGCCAAGAAGAGCCAGUUUGAGACUGUGAUGUUGUUGAAAGCACAGGCACAAAAAAUGGAUUCUAAAUGAAUACAGAAAGUCACAUUUAAAGCCCAAUGUAAAAGCUCUCAAAGCUUUAAGUGCAUAAACUCAGCUGAUACAAAUUAUUCUUCAUCCACUAUUAUGUACUGUGUGGGCCAAAUUAUGUUUUCUGAAGUGGAACAAAGAGCUGUCUCUGCUAAAAUGUUUGGAUGAACAAUAGGAAAAGUCAUCUUUGGGCAGAGAAUAUCAAGGCUUUGACCAAAAUUUCAAUAUCACAAUUUACUAGUGAAAUGGGGGUUACAGGGGAGGGGCGGAAGAAAGGGACUGCAUUCUGAGUCCCUGUACUUCUUUUAGCAAUGGCUCUGAUUCUAACAUGCUGGGCAAUGUCUGGCAAAAAGCUCCAUUAAGUUACAGUAAUUAAACAUGGCAGUCAUGUGUUUCACUAGAAUCUGAUUUAAACACCUUGCAAAAGUCAUUAGUCAACCCAUCUGGGCUGGACACCUUGCCAAAUUGCAAAGUGUACAACCUUCACAAUUUGUCAAAAAAUGUGCCUUCACAAAAUGUGCCUUCAAGAGAGGCUUUUGGUCUUUGGAAGCUGUGCUAACUGAAGUGAACCCAAAGAAGGGGCUUUUUCUGGAGAGGUAGUAUUGAGUUUUAUAAUAGUUCAUAAAACUUUUUAGAUAAUAUUUAUUAGCAGAAUAUAGUGUAUAUACACUAAUUCCUGUUUUUAGCUGCUGAAAUAACUACGAUAAUGAACUGUGCAAAAGAAGUUUGGCAAGUAGAUUUCUUCUCUUUCCCUCCCUCCUGGUCUCAAACACUUGAAUAUUUUGUUCCCAAAAGUGAGAAAAAUCACUCAAGGAUUGUGACCCCCUUACUCUGAUUGUAACUCCCAAUAAUCAUUCAGUCAUGUGCUGCCACAGUAAAUGAAUCUACUUGUGUAACUGCUUGCCACCAAGAGGGAAGAGGUUCACAAUCUGGCCUUAAAUGUUUAAUGAUAUGUGCAAUCAAUCAAUUUUACCACAAAC